AUAUAUACGUAACCUGGAACUGUGAGAGCUUGCAACAAUCAGGAUCGAGUAAAACAGCCCUGCUGCACACAACACCCGUGGCUGUUGUUCUGCCCCUUUUACUCCUGUCGUUGCUCGGUUCUUCGCCAACUACCCGUGCAGCUAAUGGCGACGUGAUGAGCUCGCUGAAACCACAUGCCGCCUACUCCGGACAGGUGAUGCCACGCGGCAGCCGCACCUGGGCGCCGUUGUAUCGCCAUCCCGGCCUGCGCUCGCCGCCGUCGUUUACUGGUGCGGCGGCGAAGGCGACGGCGCCGUCGCUGGCCGACCUUCUCCGCCAGGACCAGCUCCGCGUCGACCACAUCCAUUGGAGGCUGUCGGAAUCUGAAGGCGGCGUUGGCGUGCCCAUGGGCUCCGUUAAGGAGCCGGUGCGCUUCGGGGUAGCCUACCUCCACGACCAGCCGGUGAUUCGAGUCAGAUUAGGCUCCGAAUACAAGAGCUCCGAGCAGAGUUCGCCGGGAGUGGUGCAGACGGUGGUGCUCGACACGGCGAGCGACGUGCCGUGGGUGCAGUGCGCGCCGUGCCCCGCGCCGCCGUGCCACCGGCAGGCAGACUCCACCUACGACCCGGCCCGGUCGGGCACGUACGCCGCCGUGCCGUGCGGCUCCCCGGCCUGCGAGCAGCUCGGCCGCCUCUACGCCGGCGGCUGCGCCAACGGCCAGUGCCAGUACCGCGUCCCGUUCCCCAACUCCAACCGCUCGUCCUCGUCGGGGACGUACGGCGCCGACUUCCUCGCCGUCGGCCCCGACAGCGGCAUCACCUUCAAAUUCGGGUGCAGCCACGGCGAGUCCGACGACCAGGGCGGCAGCUCCUCGUCCAACUCCGACAACACGACCGCCGGGGUCAUGGCGCUCGGCGGCGGGCCGGAGUCGCUGGUGUCCCAGGCCGCGGCCAACUACGGAAACGCCUUCUCGUACUGCAUCCCGGCGGCGACGGAGAGGCGGCAGCCGGGGUUCUUCGUGCUCGGCGGCGCGCCGCCGAGCUCCGCGUACGUGGCGACGCCGAUGCUCCGGUACCAGCGGGUGCGCACGUUCUACCGCGUGUGCCUGCAGGGCAUCGCCGUCAACGGGCAGCUGCUCAACGUGUCCCCCUCCGUGUUCGCCGCCGGCGCCGUGCUGGACUCCCGCACGGCCGUGACCCGCCUGCCGCCGACGGCGUACGGAGCGCUGAGCGAGGCGUUCAGGGGCUGGAUGGCCGCGUACACGGCGGCGCCGCCCAAGGCGGGCCUCGACACCUGCUACGACUUCGGCGGCGCUUUCUUCGUGGCGCCGCCGAGGGUGGAGCUGGUGCUGGAGCGGGGCAACGUCCUGGAGCUGGACAGGUCGGGGGUCCUCUUCCACAACUGCCUCGCCUUCGCGCCCAACAGCGACGACCGCAUGCCGGGGAUCCUCGGCAACGUGCAGCAGCAGACGAUGGAGGUGCUCUACGACGUCGCCGGCGGGGCCGUGGGGUUCCGCCGCGGCGCAUGCUGAUCGACGGGAGCGACGACCGGCCGCUGCUCCAAUUAGCACCCAAAUGGAACUAUCUGUGUGCUAGAGAUUUUAGCAUUCGGCGUUAAUUCAGAAUAAGUUAGUACUGAUCGUUGCUGUAAGAACUUGGUUGUGUGCGAUCGCAGAGACAGGAAACAGUUCCAUUUUCUAAAAAAAAGUUGUAAGGCUUGUUUGGUCUAUGUUCUACACAAGCUAGCUGUUUGUAUUUCAUAUAAUCAUGCCUAUAUAUAAGCUCAAUUAAGCGCA